AGAGACGUAGGCUCAUGAUUCACGAAACUAGCAUUCCCAUCAGCCCUCUUAAAAAUUAGGGUUCUAAAGAUCUCCUAUAAAAUAUCUAUCUUAUCUAAUCUAAUCUAAUCUAUCCAUGUUUCCCUUUAUUUAUCUCUGUGUGGCAGACGAUUUUGACUUUUGUUAAUAUGUAGAACUCUGUUGAUUAGAAUGAUUCAAUAGGUUUUCUGAACCAGUAACUUGUUUAAUAGAAAGAUUUUUGUUUUCUUCCUUUUUUGUACACAUUUUUCUCGGAAAAUUUUCAAGCGAUUGAUCCGUAUUUAUUUGAGAUCAUUGCCUUUGUUUCCUUCACUUUAUCUUCUUAGAACACUGUCAAAUUUCAAUCUGAUUCUGGAACACAUCGGCUAUGGAGGCAGCUUUGUUACAUUCGUCUCCAGAUGAAUCAAUCUCUCCCAACAAGCAGUUCACAAACCGUAAGAGAAACAAUCAGCCUCUCAUUUCACGAAGCUCUGAGAACUUCACUCCUUCGAACUUCCAUGGCGGUCUCCUUCACGCGCCUCGUCGUUCUCUCUCAUUUCUCAAUCCUCAGCCACCUCUUCUUCCUCUUCCGAUCCCCAAACCUAACAUUAACCCUCUCAGCAGAGGCCUUUCGUGCCCUUCCAAAAAAAUCAAAAAUCGAAAGAAAUCGAAGACACCAGUGAAUUCAGAUUCAAAACCAGAUCUGAAAUCGACGGAGUGUGUGCUUAUUGGAUCGACUAACCCGUUGGGACCCGACCCGAAGGAUCUUCCGAAGGAUGUUUCUAGGGUUCUGUCAUCAUCGGCUGAGAAGUUCUCAGAUUUAUCGGAGGUGUUUAGUCUCUCUCCUCCGCCAAGCAGCUUGCCUUUGCCGACUUUUUCACUCAGGCCGAAGCUCAGUUGCAACCCCGAGGCUGCCGGAAUCGAUGGCGGAGCGACGGACAAUCUCCGGCGGAUUCUCCGACUCCGGUGAAGGAUAACAAGUUUGGGUAAUUCUGUGAAUAAAAGCAAAACUGAGGUCAUGUAAUUUUGUGGUAACCGUCUGUGUUUUUUAAUUGCGGUGCACGAAAUGCAAGUAGUUUACGUGUAGUGUUUAUCUCUUUUCGUUUGUGUUUUGAUUUGUAAUUCUCUGUUUUGAAGAGUAUCUGAACUUGAAUCCAGUGUUUGGUGAUUCUAUUAGCUGUGUUUAUUUGGAAGAUUUGCAAAGGGAUUUAAAAAAGAAUUUAUUUUCAUUUUCUAAAUCUCUUUGACAAUUUUCAAAACAAACACAGCAUUAGCGUGUCCAAACUUGCUUUUAUUUUAGCUUGCAGUUUGAUUAGUCCGAGUUUAUCGUGUAUAAUAAAUUAUCCUUUUCUUGUUA